GCCCUUGUCAUUUGCUGAUUGUGUUGGGGAUGAGCUGCCAUGGGGAUGGGAAGCAGGGUUUGACCCUCAGAUUGGUGUCUACUACAUCGAUCACAUCAACAAAACCACACAGAUAGAAGAUCCAAGAAAACAAUGGAGGGGAGAACAGGAGAAAAUGCUCAAGGACUAUCUCUCAGUGGCUCAGGAUGCACUCAGGACACAGAAGGAGCUGUACCAUGUGAAAGAACAAAGGCUGGCUUUGGCCCUAGAUGAAUAUGUGCGAUUAAAUGAUGCCUAUAAGGAAAAGUCAAGUUCUCGCACAAGCUUAUUCUCAGGGUCUUCAUCGAGUACUAAAUAUGAUCCCGACAUUUUAAAAGCUGAGAUCUCCACUACACGAUUAAGGGUUAAAAAGCUGAAGAGAGAACUCUCACAGAUGAAGCAAGAACUACUCUAUAAAGAACAAGGCUUUGAAACAUUGCAGCAAAUUGAUAAAAAAAUGUCUGGAGGCCAGAGUGGGUAUGAACUUAGUGAAGCCAAAGCCAUUCUAACUGAACUAAAAUCUAUCAGAAAGGCUAUUAGCUCAGGAGAAAAAGAAAAACAAGAUCUGAUGCAGAACAUUGGAAGAUCUGAGCCAGAUUUGAGAUCCAGUCCUGUGAACUCUCAUUUAUCUCUCUCCAGACAGACCCUUGAUGCUGGGUCACAAACAAGCAUUUCUGGAGAUAUUGGAGUGAGAAGUAGAUCAAAUUUAGCUGAAAAGGUCAGGCUGAGCCUACAGUAUGAAGAAGCCAAAAGAAGCAUGGCAAACUUAAAAAUUGAACUGUCAAAACUGGACAGUGAGGCCUGGCCUGGGGUGCUGGAUAUUGAGAAGGAGAAACUGAUGCUGAUUAACGAAAAAGAAGAACUUUUGAAAGAGCUUCAGUUUGUCACUCCACAAAAACGCACACAAGAUGAAUUGGAACGCCUGGAAGCUGAGAGGCAGCGGUUGGAGGAAGAGCUGCUAUCCGUGAGGGGGGCACCGAGCCGAGCUCUGGCCGAGAGAAGAUUGAAAUUGGAGGAGAGAAGAAAAGAGCUGCUACAGAAACUUGAAGAAACUACUAAAUUAACUACUUAUUUGCAUUCACAACUUAAAAGCCUGUCCGCCAGCACCCUGUCCAUGUCUUCUGGGAGCAGCCUGGGCUCCCUGGCAUCCAGUCGGGGCUCUUUGAACACCUCCAGCAGAGGGUCACUCAACUCUCUAAGUUCCAGUGAGCUCUAUUACAGCAGUCAGGGUGAUCAGAUAGAUGUGGAUUAUCAGUAUAAACUGGACUUCCUUCUUCAAGAGAAAGGUGGUUACAUUCCUUCUGGACCUAUCACCACCAUUCAUGAAAACGAGGUGGUCAAGUCCCCCGGGCAACCUGGCCAGCCUGGACUCUGUGGGGUGGCAGCCGCAGCAACAGGCCACAAUCCUCCACUGACCGAGGCCCCCAAGUCUGUGACGUCCCUAUCCUCAAGGUCCUCCCUUUCUUCCUUGUCCCCUCCUGGUUCUCCCUUGGUAUUGGAAGGCACGUUUCCCAUGUCUUCUCACGAAACCUCUCUCCAUCAGUUCACUGCUGACUUCGAAGACUGUGAAUUGAGUAGCCAUUUUGCAGACAUUGGCCUUGGUGAAAAUCAGAUAUUGCUGGAUUCUGAUUCAGGAGGAGCAUCCCAGUCUCUUUUAGAGGAUAAAGACCUUAACGAAUGUGCUAGGGAACCAUUAUAUGAAGGAAGUACAGAUGUGGAAAAAUCACUACCAACAAGAAGAGUGAUCCAUUUGCCUGGGGAGAAAACCGCUUGUGUGUCAGCUGCUGUAUCCGAUGAGUCUGUGGCUGGAGACAGUGGGGUCUACGAAGCUUUCGUGAAACAGUCUAGCGAAAUAGAAGAUGUUACAUACAGUGAAGAAGAUGUGGCCAUUGUGGAGACUGCCCAGGUGCAGAUAGGACUCAGAUAUGAUGCAAAAAGUUCAAGUUUCAUGGUGAUUAUAGCACAACUUCGAAAUCUUCAUGCUUUCUUGAUACCUCAUACUUCAAAAGUGUAUUUUAGGGUUGCUGUACUUCCCUCCUCAACUGAUGUCAGCUGUCUGUUUCGAACAAAAGUCCAUCCACCCAUAGAAUCCAUUUUAUUCAAUGAUAUGUUCAGAGUGGCCAUUUCCCAAACAGCCCUACAGCAGAAGACACUGAGAGUAGACCUUUGCUCUGUCAGUAAACACCGAAGGGAAGAAUGCCUGGCUGGAACUCAGAUCAGCCUGGCAGAUUUACCAUUUUCCAAUGACAUUUUCACUCUGUGGUAUAAUUUGCUUCCUUCCAAGCAAAUGCCUUGCAAAAAGAAUGAAGAAGAAAAUGAGGACUCUGUAUUUCAACCAAUCGAGCCAUUAGUAGAUUCUAUAGACUUGGAUGCAGUGUCAGCCUUGCUUGCAAGGACAUCAGCUGAGCUUUUGGCUGUGGAACAAGAAUUAGCACAAGAAGAAGAAGAAGAAGAAUCAGGGCAAGAAGAGGAGCAAAGGGGUCCAGAUGGAGAUUGGCUAACAAUGCUAAGAGAGGCCUCCAAUGAAAUUGUGGCUGAAAAAGAGGCUGAAGUUAAAUUGCCAGAGGGCAGUAGCUGUACAGAAGACUUAAGUUCAUGCACUAGUGUUCCUGAAAUCAAUGAAAACAGGAGUAGAAAAGAAAACUACCGUGCCAAAGACAUUAGAAGUCAGCCACCUACUGGAAUACCCACCCUGGUUGAUAAAGAGACAAAUACUGAUGAAGCAGUUAAUGAUAAUAUGGCAGUUCGCCCCAAAGACUGCAGCAGCCUGAGUUCUCGGCAGCAUCCCUUUGUGAGGAGCAGUGUGAUAGUGCGCUCACAAACUUUUUCUCCGGGAGAGCGGAACCAGUACAUCUGCAGGUUAAAUCGAAGUGACAGUGACAGUUCAACCCUGGCUAAAAAAUCACUGUUUGUGAGAAACUCCACUGAACGGCGCAGUUUGAGGGUCAAAAGGACGGUAUGCCAGCCAGUCCUGAGAAGAACAGCGCAAGAAUGCCCAGUGCGUACAUCUCUAGACUUAGAACUGGAUCUUCAGGCAUCUCUAACCCGGCAGAGUCGCCUCAAUGAUGAGCUGCAGGCCCUGAGGGGCUUGAGGCAAAAGCUGGAAGAACUGAAAGCUCAAGGAGAGACUGACCUUCCACCAGGUGUGCUGGAGGAUGAGAGAUUCCAGAAGCUCCUGAAACAAGCUGAGAAGCAGGCUGAACAGUCCAAAGAAGAGCAGAAGCAGGGUUUGAAUGCAGAGAAGCUGAUGAGGCAGGUCUCCAAGGACGUGUGCCGCCUUCGGGAGCAGAGCUGGAAGGUUCCUCGGCAGGUACAGUCCUUCAGGGAGAAGAUUGCCUACUUCACCAGAGCGAAGAUAAGCAUCCCAUCCCUGCCGGCUGAUGAUGUAUGACUGCAUUUCUUAAGAAAUUAUUUUUUCACCUAUUAACUUUCUUAAGGAGGUCAAAAAACUGAACUUUUGUUUUAUUUUUCGUUUUUUGUUUUAUAACGUAACUGUCAACUCUUGAAAAACUUUCAUUUCACAUCAGAUUUUCAACAUGUUAAUUUGUAAAAUACCUUGAAUGUAAUGUUUAAAAAGGAAGAAAAAUUAGAUAACAAAAAUGCGAUAAUCUGGCACACAAAUGUUGCACAGUAUGUGUGUGUUGCCAGUGGGCUUUAUUUUGUAAAAAUGGAAUAGAGGCAGUACCCAGUGUAUAUCCUAUUGAGCUGACUGUAGAGAAACAACGUAGCUUAGCAGAGGCAGGUUUUGCUUUCUGUUUGUUUGCUUGUGAUAGACUGGGAAGGUGGCAGCAGUGCCAUGUGGUAUUUUUGUACUAGGCAGCAGCUCUCUGAAUUUGAAGUUAAGCAUGAACUUGAGUGAUGAGUUUCAAGUCCACCUGAAACAGGUGCUGUGUUCAUUUCCAUCACCUAUGUUGGAAUGCUUUGUUUACUUAAAACAAUUUCCUUUUUCUUCUUUUAUAUUUGUCUAAAGAAAACAGAAAUGUAAGAUAAUAAAGUCCAAGAAUAUAAGAAUACAAAGGAGCAAUACUCCUGGCUACUUUAAGGAUCUUUGAUUCAUGACAUUGAGGGUAGGGGAGAGAAUACCGGUUACCUUAAAAUACACUAAAGUGAACUCAUCAAAUGGGCAGUUGCUUCUUCUAACUCAACCUAAACUUGAGUGAGUGUUCAAAUGCGAGUUUCCCACUUGCACCAGUGUUUUUUGUCCUAGGUAGAGGAUGGUGCUGGUAGGAGAAUGUGGUGGGCCUGGUGUUCUGAGGACAGACAGUACUGCUGACGUGGAUGGAAACACAUCAGCACUCAUUUGGUGAAACCAAGAACGGAAGAAAAGGCGUCCAUUCUAAAUAUAGCCAUAUUAUUUUGAAUGAAAAUAAAUUUCUAUGCUGAUAAAAAAGAAGAAAAGGCAUCUUGAUUGCAUGCAAGUUGCCAAAAAUUAAAAAAAAAAAUUAUCAAACAGAUUGCUAACAUUUACUAGAAUUUACUUUGCAGCUCUCAUUUUUAGGGGAUUCUACUAUAAUUCAUGGUAAAUAGUUGGGAGGCAAAAGGAAGAGUGUGCCUGGGGGAUUUUUCUUUUGAAGUAUAGGCUAAAUCUUUUGUUAAAAAAGAUUUGUUCUGGCCAAGUUUAGAGAUAUAAACUGACUAAAGUAUCCUCCAGUUUAGAAUUUUAUCUUACCCAACCCAGGCACUUCUUUGAAAAAACAAAUUCUUAGUGUAGCUCUGCCAGCAUAAAGGCUUUUAAAAUGUAUAGUAUUUAGGCAAGUUAAACCAUACUUAUUACUCAGUCUGUUAUACUGGAAGAAGCAAUUUUUGGUUACCCAUCUUAUAUAGCAAAUUAAAUCAAUUUUUAUUUUUUUUAAGAAAUGCAAAAUCAUCUUAAAGGAAUGGGCCCCUUAAAGAAAAAACUUCUGUUCCUAAACUAGAAUCCUCUCUAGCAAGAAUUUUUGUUUUCUUGAAAGUAAUUAUAUUUAUUUUGGAAAGUUCAUUUUAUCUGAAUCAAAGUUGAAAUUAAGCAAUUUCUGAGCCUAGAACUUAAUUUUUUUCCUAAAUGUCCCACCACUUACAUACAAAUUUUUUUGAAGCUAUAACUGGACGUGACACUACUUUGAACAAAAACCAGCCUAAUGAAUUGACUGAAUCCAGCCCUUCAAGGCUGCCCAGUUCAUUCUAUUAGAUGACUGAGGAAAACUAGAAAAAUACCAUUCAUCCUUGUUGAGGUCAAAUGUGAAAGAAUUAAAUGUUUAUUUAAUGUAGAGUUAAAUGAAGGUCAGCUGUUUUCAGCUUCUUAGUUUGACCAUGAAAACAUUUAUAGAAUUAUGUGUAGUUGUACCGUACGAUUUUAUUUUCUUCAUUUAUUUAUUUACGGUCUUAUUUAUGUUCUGUUUAAUAUAUAGUUUGGUUCUGGCCAUUUUAAAUGUUUGACAUAGAAGAGGCUACAUUGGAAUAUUUACAGCUUUAUGAAUCUUCAUCAGAUUAGCUGUUAACUUUUUGUAAUACAAAAAAGUUUCAGAAAAGUAUUAAAGAAUAAAAUCUGUCUCAGGCUGGAAGUUAACAGUUGUGACCAAGAUGCUUUUAGUUUUAUUUUACAAAAUUUACUCAUUUCUAACAUGAGAGACAAACUUAUUUUAAUAUAAUCCUUUAUCCACACUUUAAAAAUCAGCAAUAGUAUUAUGUAUUUAUAGGCAGCUUUUAAUAAUCCUCUCAUAUUUGUACUAACCCAAAUGAUUCACAGUGACAAAACAUUUUAAUAACUUGAUCACAAAACCAUAUGGACAGAUAUGAAUUUUACUCUUAUAAAUACUAUUUUUAAAAGGUAGAAUUUAUUCUGCACAGGGUAAAAAGAAUGUAAUAUUUAGUUCUCAAGUUUGAAUUAUCAGUAUGUUAUUACAAUUUUGUAUAUCAGAAUCUUAAGUGUUACAGGUACAAAAAGAAAUUGCUAGCCAAAUGAACAAAGUUAGCUGAAUCUCUAGCAUGCAAAUCAAGUAAGUUUAAAAUCUGUUUUUUGUUAUUGCUUUAUCUAUAUUGUAUUAAGUAUCAAAAGCUCAGGACUGAUCUAAAUAUUUAAUCAGGUUAAAUUCUGAAUAUGUUUCUGUUUUAAUUUGUCUUGUUUGUAAAAGUACGCAAAUAUAUCACAUAGAUUAACUUUGGUUUCUGCACUUUCCAUAUGUUUGUGGAUGGAAAAAAAAAUUCAGUGUUUUUUUUUUUUUUUUUAAAAACAAAAAUACAUAUUGCCUACUACUUUAUUUCGGUGUCGUUUAUUGUUCAGUUAAUAUCCCUGUUUGGCACAAACAAAAGAGUUUAUUUGAACCAUGUACCGAGCAAACAUAAAAUCUUUCAUGAAGAAUUCCCAAAGCCAGUA